UUCUUUUUGACCAGACUGCCUCUCCACCACCUAAGUCUGUCCUUCUGCAUGUAUUUGAGCCAGCUCCAGGGUCCUUCCAUACAGGCCGGGGGUUUCGGGCAGUGGCUGUUCACACCCCCCUUCCAGCUCUCUGCUUGCUUGGUGUCCUUCCCGCCAUGCCGCCCAGGGCCUGGGCAGAGCCUUGCCGAAGCCUCGGCUCACGUAUGGCUUUGAUUCUUCUCUUUUCAGGCCCAGCUUGGGACAUUGUUCACUUCCCCUCGCUUCCCCUCUGGAAGCCCCCUUUGCCAUCCCUGCACCUUGUUUCGGGCGAUGCCCGAGAGGGAGCUGUGGUCAGCGGGGCCUGGCUCAGAACCCGUGACCCGUGUCGGCAGCUGUGACAGCAUGAUGAGCAGCACCUCCACCCACUCUGGAUCUAGUGAUAGCAGCUACGACUUCCUGUCCGCUGAAGAGAAGGAGUGUCUGCUCUUCCUGGAGGAGACCAUUGGCUCACUGGACACGGAGGCUGACAGCGGACUGUCCACUGACGAGUCUGAGCCAGCCACAACUCCCAGAGGUUUCCGAGCACUGCCCAUAACCCAGCCCACUCCCCGGGGAGGUCCAGAGGAGACCAUCACUCAGCAAGGACGAGCGCCAAGGACAGUAACUGAGUCCAGCUCAUCCCAUCCUCCUGAGCCCCAGGGCCUAGGCCUCAGGUCUGGCUCCUACAGCCUCCCUAGGAAUAUCCACAUUGCCAGAAGCCAGAACUUCAGGAGAAGCACCACCCAGGCUAACAGUCACACCCCUGGAGAACCGGGGACGCUUGCGCCAGAGCCUGAGAAAGAACAGGUCAGCCAGAGCAGCCAACCCAGGCAGGCACCUGCCAGCCCCCAGGAGGCUGCCCUUGACUUGGACGUGGUGCUCAUCCCUCCGCCAGAAGCUUUCCGGGACACCCAGCCAGAGAAGUGUAGGGAAGCCAGCCUGCCCAAGGGGCCAGGACAGCAGGGCCACACACUCCAGCUCCACACACCAUCCAGCUCCCAGGAAAGAGAGCAGACUGCUUCAGAAGCCAUGUCCCAAAAAGCCAAAGAAACAGGCUCAACCGGGUACACACAACAACCCCGGCCUCCUCCUGCAGGGUUGCCUCAGAAUGCAAGAGCUGAAGAUGCUCCCCUCCCAUCAGGGGAGGACCCAAACAGCCGACUAGCUCCCCUCACAACCCCUAAGCCCCGGAAGCUGCCACCUAAUAUUGUUCUGAAGAGCAGCCGAAGCAGUUUCCACGGUGAUCCCCAGCACUGGCUGUCCCGCCACACUGAGGCUGCCCCUGGAGAUUCUGGCCUGAUUUCCUGUUCACUGCAAGAGCAGAGAAAAGCACGUAAAGAAGCUCUAGAGAAGCUGGGGCUGCCCCAGGAUCAAGAUGAGCCUGGACUCUACUUAAGUAAGCCCACCAGCUCCAUCAGACCCAAAGAGACACGUGCCCAGCAUCCGUCCCCAGCUCCAGGUCUGGCUCAGCCUGCAGCUCCAGCCCAGGCCUCAACAGCUAUUCCUGCUGCUGGGAAGGCUCUGGCUCAAGCUCUGGCACCAGCUCCAGGUCCAGCUCAGGGACCUUUGCCAAUGAAGUCUCCAGCUCCAGGCAGUGUUGCAGCUAGCAAAUCUAUGCCAAUUCCUAUCCCUAAGGCCCCGAGGGCAAACAGUCCCCAGACUCCGCCAAAGCCAGAGUCAGGGCUGACUCUCCAGGAGAGCAACACCCCUGGCCUGAGACAGAUGAACUUCAAGUCCAACACUCUGGAGCGCUCAGGCGUGGGACUGAGCAGCUACCUUUCAACUGAGAAAGACGCCAGCCCCAAAACCAGCACUUCUCUGGGAAAGGGCUCCUUCUUGGACAAGAUGUCGCCCAGCGUCUUGCGUAAUUCUCGGCCCCGCCCUGCCUCCUUGGGCACGGGGAAAGAUUUUGCAGGUAUCCAGGUAGGCAAGCUGGCUGACCUGGAGCAGGAGCAGAGCUCCAAGCGCCUGUCCUACCACGGACAGAGCCGUGACAUGCUUCCUCGGCCCCCCUGUGUCAGUGUCAAGAUCUCCCCAAAGGGUGUCCCCAAUGAACACAGAAGGGAGGCCCUGAAGAAGCUGGGACUGUUGAAGGAGUAGACUCUGCCACCAGUAUGGACCCUGUCCUGGCUGAACAAGAAGAGACACAUGCUCCACUUGGGAGCCUUUGCCACCACGCAACUCAGGGCUCAAGAUGAAUGGGAGGGAGAGAUUUGAGUCCAAGUAUACAUUUAUAUUCACAGUGUUGUGCCGUUGAGUGCCCACAUGGAUCAUUCCGAAGGUGAUCUCCACAAGAGGGUGUGUGUGUGUGUGUGUGUUUGGUGUGUGUGUGUGUGUGGAGGGGGGGGCUGGAUACAUCACUGAAGCUAUUUAUAUAACACAAUGAGUCACUGUUCAGAAUUUUGCUCUUGUUAGAGGUUUUCUUACAUUGGGUAGAGUCCAACCUAGCCAGAGCUGAGUGAAGGGGCUGGCCAUGCCUGAGAAGAAAAGUCAAAUGAGACAAUGGACUUGUCAAUAACUUGAAAAAAAGUUACAACCAGCAAGUGCAGGGUCACAUGAAAUAUGGGCCUCCUGGAAUCCCUACAGUGGAUAGAGACUGGCUCAUACCUUGCCAGAUCCCUCUCUCAGUUCCAGCCUUCUGGACAAGGCCUGGGCUAAGAGGAGCUGAUUUCGUUAUCUCUUCACCCACUGCCCUCUCAGUAUCACCAGUCCCAAAGACAGGAUACAUCCCUGUAACCCAACCUCUCGGUUGAUUGAUAGCAGAACAGCUCUUGUUGGUCUGAGAAGGCAGGAUAAGUGACCACAUAUUUAUGCCACUACCUCCACCAGGGAGAGUCCUUCUCCGCAGGCUUGAUAAAUUCAAUCACCAACUGUGCUGUGGUCCCUGACUCUGCUACUCCCGUUCUUCCUGCUUUCUUGCUCCCUAUCUCAGUCUGCACUGACCCCAGGGCUGGGCUGACAUCAAGAUGGGAGCCCAGCCCACAGGCUUUAUAAACACCCAAGAACCAUUUCAGAUCUUCUCUGUGCUGAUGCAGGUAGUUUUAAAUUUUUCUCAGUUCCAGUGACAGAAAACCCACACAAUACAUCCUCUGCCAGUCUUAAUAGAAUAUCAGAGGUAAGAGGGGCCUCAGAGAAGCUCUGACCCAGUGCUGCUGGGGAAGGGAAGUGACUAACCCCGGGUCAGCCUGCCAUUUAGGGAAAGAGCUGAGGUUCUUACCCUCGUUGCAUGCUGCCGCCUCUCCUUAGCCAGUGCUCUUGUACAUCCACACAGCACCCUAAGGAGCCAUAGUCACCAUCAAAGACUCAACCCUAAGGCCCUUCAAGAUCUCAAAGUGUCUUCUGAAGCAUCAGAGAUUAAAUAUUGUUCAAACUAAUAGUUAUUGCUGUGGCUUUUAAUUUUGUCUUUGGAAGAUAGCUAUAUGGUAACUCAUCAUUAACCAGAACACCUCUCCCCUCAAAUUCCCUGACCAAGUUGUGCAGCUUGAGCAAAUGCCGAAAGAGGGUAUUAUGGGUGGGUGGUGUGGGCUUGCAAAUACAAGCUUGGAGGUGAGACAUGGCCAGACAUGACUCCUGCUUCCCCUUAGGAAGUAAAUCUUACUUAUGGCUGUGAACUGCUUGGAGUCCAGGAUGCCCAGAUGUGAGGGGCAGACAAAGGGAAUGCUGUUGGAAAGGUGACUUUUAAGGCUGCUGAGAAUUUCUGGGCUGUGUCCUGAUGGACACAGCACCAUCAAAGCCCAGAAUUUCUGAAAAUGGUGACAAGGUUAAGGUAAGGACAACAAAUACUCCACCCUGUCAUGGUAUGUGAGGUGUGGGUGUGGCGGUUUCUAUGUACAUUUGCUCAUACACCCACAUCCAAAGUCUGUGCCUCAUUCCUGGCCACAGGUGAGGACUUGGUCUGUCAUGGCUGAUGAGGACUCCCACAACUGGCCAAGUUAUGUCUUAUUAUACACCCCCAGACAGAGAGAAAGCUGCCUUCUGGAGGACUGAUUCCGCAUGCUGUAUUCAGCUGAGUUGAUUUCUGUGUCUAUUUCAACCCAUAACCUGAAGAAUGAUCACCUUAUUCCUUAUUCAUUAAUUUCCUUGAUUAAUAGGGAAACUUGAGAAUAGCUAUAAAGUAAAACUUGGGUGGAACCUGGGGCCCCGGCAUCACACAAGGGUGAUUAGGAUGGUCAAGGUCAUCAGGAGUACAGCCUAUUACAUUCCCACACCCUGAGAAAGGUCAUUUCUCUCCCACACACGUCAAAGUCACAGACAGCCUGCAUCUGCCACUCGGCAUCCUCAUUCUACUGACACGCCCAUUUCUCCAGUUUGCUUAAUCUGAGACUCCCUUCCCUUGUUAUUUAAAGAUACCAUGCUUCCCCACAUCGUCAUCCUUCAAAGAGCAUAUUUUGCUCUAAGGAUGGUCUUUGGGAUUUAAGAAUAGAAUAAUAAAUCCAAACUUGGUCAUUCCCAUUUUGAAGAAAUGCAAGAGGGCCCAGUGGAUUCUGCAUCAGUGAGGACAUCCGCCUCCCUGAAAGUGGUGCUAGACCGAGGUGAGGUGAUUUUAUCUAUGUAUCCACAUAGGAUUGCUCUUCAUUCAGCUUGAAUUGAUGGGGAGGGAGGUAAGAGUAGGGUCAGAGUUACUCUUAUCCCUUUUCAAAGAAUUGUGGGUGGAGGUUUGUAAAGGCCUUUCAUUUGAUUUUCAAAAUCAAAGCAACAGCUCUACUUCCCCUUGGCCUUAGAUCUCUGCUAUACCCUGCCAUAGCCUUGAUGCCACUGGGCACAAGCCACCUGCCAAAUACAGGAGUGGCCUCUCCCAGCCUGGCAUGGUAGGGGGGUCUGUGCCCUCAGAUGUGUUGACAGCUGCUCUUCUGAAUUGCCACACCUGUGCUACCCUUGGAAUUCUGCACUCUGACUCUGUGGGGUAGGACCACGUGCCAUCUCACACAGAGGUCAACAGAUGAGACCACUCACUCGUAUGUGCCUUCCUCCACAGUGGGAAGCGUGAUCUGGCAGGGGCCACCCUGUAAGCUGGGGAUGGGCUGGUGUGUGAAUGUUGACAUUUGUUUCAUGGAGAAAGGGGAGAUGAAAGAUUGAAGAGCAGGUCCCUGUCAAUGUUCUGAGUUCGAGCUGGAGGUGUAGAUUGAAGAGUCUACAUGGUCUGUGAGUGUGUGAGAUGAACCCUUCCAUCCUUUGAUGCCUGGUUGUAUGUGUAGGCUAAGAAGGACCCUCCUGUCAGUGUGCAAAGCUGUAAUCUCAUGGACUAGAGGAGAGGAGGCCAAGGGGAUGGACAGGAGAAGUCGUGCGGAAUCUAAGCAGGAAUGCAGAUAGAACACAUCUAGGCUCUUUUCCCCAGGAGAGUGAUGAUGGAGCAUAUAGAUCUGGCUCAAAUUCAGCCUCCAUCACUUACCAGUCAGGAACCCUGGCGAUAUCACUUUAACUUCCUGAACCUCAGAGUCUUCACCUAUAAGAUGGGGAAAAUAAUACCAUCCUUUCAAGAUUGUUGAGAUAAAUAAGUGAUAUAAAACAUGUAAAGCUCAGUUCUGGACACAGUGUAGCUACUCAAUAAAUGAUACUCCUACC